AUGGCGACAAAGCGCCACGAAGGGACGCGCACCAAAGUUGGCGCCGUGGCGCUGACAGGGCUGUCAGCCGCCUAUGGCGCCACAUGGCUGGCGUCUGCGUUCGUCGCGCCUGCGGUUCCCCUCCGCCUGCAGCCGCACAGCGCGCAGGUGGUGGAUUCACAGCGGCAGAGCAGCGCACUUCCAGCAAGUGCGGUAGGCGCAGUCAGCCCGACCGGUAGCUGUCUUGCCUUGGGAGCCGUUGGAGUGGCGGCUGCGGCUGCCCUGCGCAAGAGCCGCUCCAGUCGGGCUGUUCGCCAGGCGGAGCCGCAGCCCGGGCCCCAGCCAGGACGAGAGCCCGAAAUCGAUCCGAGGAGGCAAGACCCACCCAACACCGUCCCUCCGGUUCGUAUGCCGAUGGUGGACACGGGCAGCGGUGAGAAGCUCGAUGUGAUGUCCAAGCUGCUUGAAGACCGCAUCAUCAUCCUGGGUGGCGAGGUGAAGGAUGAGAUGGCUCAGAUUUUGGUCGCUCAGAUGCUGUACCUGGCUAACACCGAUCCGAACCAAGACAUCACGAUGUACAUCAACUCUCCAGGAGGAUCCGUCUCUGCAGGAAUGGCCAUCUAUGACACCAUGCAGUUCAUUCCGUGUGAUGUGAGCACGGUAUGCUUCGGCAUGGCUGCCUCCAUGGGCUCUUUCCUGCUGUCUGCUGGAACCAAGGGCAAGCGAAAGAGCCUGCCAAACUCCCGCAUCAUGAUCCAUCAGCCGUUGGGCGGAGCGCAGGGCCAGGCGGCCGACGUCCGGAUCCAGGCUCGCGAGAUCCUUCACAUGCGUGAAAUUCUCAACAUGCAUCUGGCGGAUGCCACCGGGCAGCCGAUCGACAUCAUCGCCAAGGACUGCGACAGGGACAAUUUCAUGACUCCGGAGGAAGCCAAGGACUAUGGGCUCAUCGAUGAAAUCACGCCAACCAAGGCGUGGCCUCGCAUCCAGAAGCCCAAGCGACCGGAAUUAUAG